AAUUUUAAUAUGUCCGAGAUGCCAAAGAAGGAGAUUCCCGGAUACAUGAAGUACAUCAUGGGCGGUCUCGCUGGUAUGAUGGCCACCACCGUUAACCAACCGCUAGAUCUGGUCAAAACCCGAAUGCAGCUUUCGUUAACCACUGAGCACAGGUCCCCCUUUGACAAAAUGGCCAAAAUAUUUAAGACCGAGGGUCUACUGGCCUUUUACAAUGGAUUAAGUGCGGGAUUGAUGCGACAGGCCACAUAUACGACGACCCGAAUGGGCGUCUAUCAAAUGGAGGUGGAUGCGUACCUAAAUCGUUAUGGAAAGCCACCUUUCUUGGCCAGUAUGGCCAUGGGAAUCGUGGCAGGAGGGAUUGGAGCGGUGGUGGGUAAUCCGGCGGAGGUGGCGCUCGUCCGUAUGAUGUCUGACAAUCGACUGCCACCGGCGGAGAGGCGUAAUUACAAGAACGUCGGCGACGCCUUCGUGAGAAUUGUGAAGGAAGAAGGAGCACCAGCCCUGUGGCGAGGGUGCUUUCCCACCGUGACUCGUGCCAUGUUGGUCAACAUGACGCAGCUAGGCUCCUACUCGCAGUUCAAGAACUACUUCUCCCAGUUUUUGAGUGGUUUGGGCCUGCAUAUCGCGGCCUCCAUGGUAUCUGCACUUUUGACCGCAACCACCUCGAUGCCGCUGGACAUGGCCAAAACCAGAAUACAAAACCAAAAGACUGCCGAGUACAAGGGAACAAUGGAUGUGCUCGUAAAGGUGGUCAAAUACGAAGGUUUCUUCUCGCUGUGGAAGGGUUUCUUGCCUUAUUUUGGUCGUAUAGGUCCUCAUACAGUGCUUGUAUUGGUAUUCCUCGAGCAACUUACUAGAGCCUACAAAAAAUUCGUUCUGGGUGACACAUCUGAAUCUAAUAUUUGAUAUA